AUGAGCAGUCCUUCAACGCAAGUUAUUCCUUCCUUAUCGCCCUACUACGUGGGAAAUAUCUUGAGGCUCUUGCGGCUAAACACGGAACCCGCUCGACUGCGCGAGAGCCGCGGCUUUUCCGAUUCCAUCAACGUUAAGAUCCUGAAGGUCAUUGAACCUAUAACUCUGUCAGUCGUCCUGCAAGUCGCUCUUCUAUCUCACGAUCUCAGUGAUGGAAACGAGCCUCUAAUAGCCAUCCUGAAACUCUAUGACCGUCGAUUUGCGGCUGGGCUGCGCGCUGGCGAUUACCGUUACAAAGCAAUUCAGCCCUGGGACCCAGCUCAUGAUGACGCUUUUGUCGCCCUUGCUCAGAGCGACGAAGCCUCGGAUUAUAGCGGAAAGGAUAAGGAUGGCAAUCCCAUCUUCCCUGGGGAAGACUGGACAGUCGCACAAAAAGAGGUCUUUCUAUACCACCAAUGCCUCGAGCUCUACAAAGCAGAAGUAGAAGCUUACCAUACCCUAAAACCUCUCCAGGGAAUGGAUAUUCCUGAGCUGUACGCUAAUGUCUGUUGUCUCGAAGGUGAGUCGACUGCAGCGCCUGCUGUCUCAUACCUACAGGUCAGCGGCAUCCUCCUCGAGUUUAUCCCCGGCUUUGCGCUUCGUGACAUUGCCACUCAUGCACCCGAAGAAGACUGGCAAGUCAUCUGCGACGACGCAAUUGCAACCAUCCACAAGAUUGACGAUCUCGGCGUCCUGAACCAUGAUGUGCGAAUAGACAAUGUGCUUGUCCGACGGCUAAGCAAUGAAGAGACAAAGAGAGACAUAUACAAGGCUGUGUUCAUUGACUUUGCGCUCUCGGAAGUUAGAGGCGAGAUGUCGGCUGAGGAUUGGACGGUCAAAAAGUGCAGACAGGACGAAGAGGGCGCAAUUGGCUAUGUGAUGCAGGCACGGCUUAAGAAGCGCGUUGGCUCGCGGAAGAAGCAUACAGAGGUGUUUCCUUUUACGUAUCAGGCGACGGGUCGUUAUAGACAUAGUGAAGAUGGCUACAAGGGACCAUUGGGGUUUUUUGUCCGCUCAGAUUGA